AUGUCUGUUACCGUCGCCGAGCUUGACGCCACCGUCAAGGCCUUCCAAGAAGGCAAGGGCGAAGGUCAGAAGCAGGCCCAACAGAAGCUCAAUGAGUUCAAGUCCAACCCGGACGCCUGGCUGAUGGUGGAUAAGAUUCUACAAGAAGCUCAGUAUGCUCCUACGAAGUAUCUGGGUCUACAGGUCUUGGAUGAUGUGGUCAAUACGAGAUGGAAGGUCCUGCCGCGAGACCAGUGUUUGGGCAUUCGGAACUUCGUCGUGAACCAAAUCCUGGAGUCUUCGGCGUCGGAAGAGUCUCUCAAGGCCAACAAGAUGUUCGUCAACAAGCUCGACCUGACGCUCGUCACAAUCCUCAAGCAAGAGUGGCCGCACAACUGGCCGACCUUCAUCAACGAGAUCAUCUCAUCUUGCCACUCAAGUCUGUCGGUCUGCGAGAACAACAUGGCUAUCUUGCGACUGCUGUCGGAAGAAGUCUUCGAUUUCUCACAGGAUCAGAUGACAUCGACAAAAGCGAAGAACCUCAAGACCACCAUGUGCAACGAGUUCUCUUCUAUCUUCCAGCUCUGCAAUGAAGUCCUCACAACUGCUAACAGCAUACCGCUUGUCAAGGCCACUCUCGAGACACUUCUAAGAUUCCUCAACUGGAUCCCGCUCGGCUUCAUCUUCGAGACCAAGCUCAUUGACACUUUAGUCAGCAGAUUCCUUGAGGUCGAGCACUUUCGAAAUAUCGCUCUCAAAUGCUUGACCGAGAUUGGAGGUCUUCAGAUGAGCCAGCAAUUUCAGUACGACGAGAAGCUGACACAGAUGUUCACCGAGACUCUGACCGUUGUCGCACGGACUCUACCGGUCGAGACCAAUUUACGCGAGAUCUAUGGCAAGAGUGGCGCACGAGAUCAAGAAUACAUCCUCAAUCUCGCGCUGUUCUUGUGCAACUACUUCUCAGCACACCUGCAGACCAUCGAGCGUCUCCCUAACACCGAUUACCUGCUCCAUGGCCACUUCUACCUCAUCAAGAUCAGCUUGAUCGAUGAUCGAGAGAUCUUCAAGAUCUGCCUGGAGUACUGGACCAAGCUUGUGCAGGAGCUGUACGAAGAGAUGCAACAGCUACCAAUGAGCGAGCUUAAUCCUCUCGUCAAUAUGGGCGUUGGUGGUAUGGCCAACGGCGGUGCUACCCAUCCCAGUGCUCUAGCCAACUACCCGCUUAGAAAGCACAAGUAUUCAACAAUCUUAUCAAAUCUUCGCCAAGUCAUGGUUGAGAAGAUGGUGCGGCCCGAAGAGGUUCUCAUCGUCGAAAACGACGAAGGCGAGAUUGUGCGCGAGUUCGUCAAAGAGAGCGAUACCAUCCAGCUGUACAAGACCACGCGUGAAUGUUUGGUGUACCUGACUCAUCUCGAUGUUGUCGAUACCGAGCACAUCAUGUCCGACAAGCUACAGAAACAGGUUGAUGGUUCCGAGUGGUCGUGGAACAACUGCAACACCCUCUGCUGGGCCAUUGGCUCAAUAUCAGGCGCGAUGAAUGAAGAGACUGAGAAGCGAUUCUUGGUCACCGUGAUCAAGGACCUUCUUGGGCUGACUGAGAUGAAGCGAGGCAAAGACAACAAGGCUGUCGUCGCUAGCAACAUCAUGUAUAUUGUCGGCCAGUAUCCUCGCUUCCUGAAAGCUCACUGGAAGUUCCUGAAGACUGUCGUUAACAAGCUUUUCGAGUUCAUGCACGAGACUCACGAGGGCGUGCAAGACAUGGCUUGUGACACAUUCAUCAAAAUCGCCAACAAGUGCAAGCGCCAUUUUGUUGCACUUCAACCUGGAGAAACAGAGCCAUUCAUCGACGAGAUUGUACGUAAUAUGCGCAAGAUCACCAUGGACUUGUCACCACAGCAAGCACACACCUUCUACGAAGCUUGCGGAUAUAUGAUCUCUGCUCAAGGCCAGAAGGGCGUACAAGAUCGUCUUAUCGAAAAUCUCAUGUCACUGCCCAACCAAGCAUGGGACAGUGUCAUUCAACAAGCUAAUUCAGAUCCGUCGAUUCUGCAAGACGCCGAUACUAUCAAAGUCAUUGGCAAUAUCAUGAAGACCAACGUUGCGGCCUGCACUUCGAUCGGCAGCUACUUCUACACCCAGAUCGGUCGUAUCUACCACGACAUGCUCAACAUGUACCGGGCAUCAUCUCAGCUCAUCUCGGAUGCUGUUUCGUCACAAGGCAAUAUCGCAACCAAGACUCCAAAAGUUCGAGGCUUGAAGACGAUCAAGAAAGAAAUUCUCAAGCUCGUCGACAUUUACGUACAGAAGGCGGAUGAUCUACAGAUGGUCAACGACAGCAUGGUUCCGCCACUACUCGAUGCCAUUCUCCUUGACUAUCAGCGCAAUGUGCCAGACGCUCGCGAUGCUGAGGUGCUAAGUGUAACAACUACCAUCAUCCACAAGCUUCAUAGCCUCAUGGACGACAAGAUCUCCCCGAUCAUGGACGCCGUCUUCGAAUGCACCCUCGACAUGAUCAACAAGGACUUCCACGAGUAUCCAGAGUUCCGCGUCGAGUUCUUCAAGCUAUUACAAGCCAUCAAUCUUUACUGCUUCAAUGCUCUACUUAAGCUCGAUGGCCGACAGUUCAAGUUUGUUAUUGACUCUUGUAUGUGGGCCUCGAAACACGACAACCGCGAAGUCGAGAACACCGGUCUUGCGAUGUGUCUGGAAUUGGUCAACAACAUGGCCGAUACGACCGAUCCGCAAAUUUCCGGCAUGUUCUUCCAGCAAUUCUACAUUCCCAUCCUCCAGGACGUUUUUUACGUCUUGACCGACUCGGACCACAAGGCUGGCUUCAAGACCCAAUGCAUGCUGCUUGCGAGAAUGUUCCAGCUGGUAGAGAGCGGCAAGAUCGCUCAGCCUCUGUACUCCGAUUCAUCUGUCGCUCCUGGCACCAGUAACAAGGACUAUGUCAGCCAGUUCACUGCCAAUCUUCUUCAGAACGCCUUCUCGAAUCUGAAAGAAGCUCAAAUCACACACUUCGUUAACGGGCUCUUCCAACUCACGGACGACCCCAACAAAUUCAAGACCCACAUCCGAGACUUCCUCAUUUCACUCAAAGAGUUCGCUGGCGACAACGCAGACCUCUAUGCUGAUGACCGUGAGCAAGAAAAGGCUGCCCUGGCUGCGACCGAGCGCGAGCGCAAUAUCAAGGUCGGAGGCCUCAUCAAGCCGAGUGAGCUCGAUGAGGAUGAGCUGUGA